GCCCUUUUCUGACAGUCAUGUUAUUGUUUACAGAUAGACAGUGACACAGCACUAGUUGUCAGCACCCGGCAACUUUGGCCUGUUAUUAGGAGAUUUAUUUUUGCUACAGUAUUAUUUAUUUAUUUCAUGUGAAAUAGUUUGUAGCCUUUGUUUAUAUCUAAAACAGUUCCACGUUCAACUUUUUAUUUACGUUUUGUUGAUUUGGUGAGCUAGAAAGCCGGCCAGCUCUCGGUGGAUCUUUGUACUAGGUUAGCUGCAGUUGUCAUGGACCAAACCGACUCUUACCCAGUGAAACUGUACAUUUACGACAUGUCCAGAGGCAUGGCCCGACAGCUGAGUCCUGUCAUGCUGGGGAGACAGCUUGACGGGGUAUGGCAUACUGCUAUUGUGGUCCAUGGAAAGGAGUUCUUCUUUGUGGGAGAAGGCAUCAACAAUUGUCCACCUGGUGGCACCCCCUUGGGUGAGCCUGACUCCAUAGUGGACCUGGGCUCCACUGAGGUGCCUGAAGAGUUAUUUAUGGAGUACCUGGUUUCACUGGCAGAGUCCUCAUACAGUGGUGACAAGUACAACUUGUUUGAGCACAACUGCAACACUUUCAGCAACGAGGUGGCUCAGUUCCUCACAGGGAAAAAGAUCCCAUCGUACAUCACAGACCUUCCAUCUGAAUUUCUAUCCACACCUUUUGGCCAGGCUCUCCGUCCAUUUCUGGAUUCCAUCGUCAUAAAUCCUGGAGGCAACAACAUAACUGGACAGCGAUAGACAGGGCUGUGCAUUUUAAAGAAGAAAUACUUUUAUAUAAGGGUUUGGGUGACAGUGGGACACUCGGCAUCAGCCACCAACCACACCCUGAUCACAUCUCUGCCCGUGGUUGACAGGUUAAUCUUUUCUAUAAGUCACUUUUCCAAUUAACCAGUCAUCAUUUGAAUGGUCUUCUCUUUUCCGUUUCUGUAUGUUCUACACAUCAGUCUUUUGAAGCUGUGCCAACCAAUGGGGCCAGGGGACUAAAACCAGUAUAUUUCUUGUCUGGGUGAAAACCUUGGUGCAGUUACAAGUUUGUGUGUGUUCAUAAAGUCAUAGUACUUCUCCUGGUUUAAAUAACUCAUUAUCAUCCAGUACCUAAAGUGAUAGUCUGGUUGGUUUGAAGUGGUUUUGUAUUAGAUACUUAUUCAUAGUCAUUGUGUUACCUUUGGGAUGUGAUGACUGCCGUCUACAGCAGGUAUAACACUGACUAUGUAUAAUUAAGUCAUAUGACCCCACUUCAGAAGACCCAAACUAUCGCUUUAAAUUGCUAUUUAAUUGGCAAAAUUCAUCCUUCCCUGCACUGGUAAUCUGGAGAGGCUUUUUAAAUCUAUAUUUUCAGUUAAUAAAGUGUUUUAUUAUGGCAGUCUAUUAUGAAGAGUGUUUUCCGAUCAGAUGACCAGUACAGAAAUGUAUUCACUUGUACAGAAUCAGGUAUUAGAAGAUGACAAUACCAGAGUAAUUUUUAGCUGCUUAAAGCUAUACAGUUUCAUAAAAAAAUAUUUCUAUCAUAUUUUCUCAAACUGUCACUAUAUCCUGACAGAAGUACAUGAGACAGAUAAUCUGUAAAAAAAAAAAAACAGGUUCCUCUGCCUCCUCUUAGGGCCCCUAAUGGCAUUUGCAAGAUACCAUCGCGCCUCAAGAAAAGCAUCCAAUCAGAGCGAAGGAGCCCCUAAUGCAGUGUCAAUCACUGCUCGCAAAGCUCGUGUACUUUGAUCAAACUGUCAGACUAGGAAAGCUGAUCAAAAAUGGAUCAAGAUUCUGGUACUGUUUUGCCUAUUUCUUGCAUCAAAUGUUUAUUUAUUUUUUCACAGUUUAUCCGUCUCAUGUAUUACUGUCAGGAUAAAGUGAAAGUUUUAGCAAAUACGACAAAAAGUUACCAAACCUUACCAACUGUUGCUUUAAAAAGAUAACAGAACUUGGUAUAUAAUCAGCUCCUACCUUACUAGCACUACACCAGUAAAGCCUGACUAAUCCUAACAUGGCUAAUCCCCUCAUCACUUCACAGCCUUGUGGUCAUUCACACAUUGACAAUUUUUCUAACCAAGCAUAUCUGGGUUUCAGAGUUGAGAGCCGCAAAGUUGCAGCCAUAGAAAUAGAUUGUACAUGAAACUAUUUCCAGUGAUCAUUUGGCUAGUACAAAAGAAAAAGGGGAUUUUUGUAAGUUGUUAUGGUGACAACAAAUGUCAGAGGGGCCAUGCAGUGUGGUCACAGCUCUCUGGGAAGAGACCGGACGCAGCUCUGGAGAUGGAUGGCUUUGUAGUUUCGUUAGGUAGCUCGUCCUUCUCUGGACCGAUGGGGAGAAACGCGCAGGGACCGGACUGUUUGGCUAAGUUUCUGUUACCAGUGUAGCAUUAAGACAUGGCGGAAUUAGGAAGCUAGCUAACUAGCCAGCUGUCCAACAAGUUAGCUCGCUAAUUCCACCAUGCUUUGAUGCUACACUGGUUAAAGUUCCAGAAAAUGAGCCGAACCGACUCCUCAUUCAUCAUGAUAGCAACAUGCUCGCCUACGCUGUGUGGAUGAGUCAGUUAGCCUGACUCGCUAUGCUUUGUAAUGUUUCUACUCCACUGCAAAAUCUCACCUUAGUGAAUCUUCAACUCGUUAGUCUGUUUUGUUAGCCUGCUACAACACUUGCCAUAGCAACGGUACACAUAAAAGUGGCCGCUGCUCUUACCAUCCUGCUACACUGAUUCAAAUGGGAAUGUCCGUUUUACACCCAUUUCUAUGGGUGCGCCAUAUUUUUCCCGCAAGCCAUUUAGAGCAGAGGGCACUAAAAUCGAGUAUUUCAGACAGCGGGUGAAUACAUGAAUGUUCAAACACAGUAUGAGAAAAAUAACUUGUUUUUGUUUAACAUUAAAGAAUGUAAUCAUGUUCUAGUGGUAACCCAAAACAUAAGUAUGAACCUGAAAAUGUACCCUUUAACACAAUUCUCAUAAUAUCUCUUUAUUAACUGAUUAUUUUUCUUCUUCCUGGAUCUGUAUCAUAAUACAUGUAAUAUUACCUGCAAUCCUAAUAAUUCCUCUUUUAAAUGUUCAUUUUUUGUUUUAGAUUUUUUGCUUUUGUGGUCAUUAAUAUGUCAGGACUGCACUCCAAGAGCACAGCCAGAGGUAGUGAUAGUUAAAAGGAAGGAAACCACUCUCAGUGAAACUGUUCUGCUGGCCUGUGAUUGUGUUCAGUGUUGUAGAAAAUACAGUUUGACCAAAUUUUGAUGUUUAGCUUAGUGUACGCAUGUGUAACUUCUGAUAUGCUUGCUUCAGUCAGGAACAUCUAAUGAUCACAAAGCAAAGGAUUGUGUAUGUGUUUUUUUUAUUUUUUAAAUACAGAACCAAUCACUUGUACAUCUUUCAGUUGCUACACUUGCCCAGAAUUUGUUCAUAGACUUAGAAUUUGUUUAUAAAGAUACUUUUACAUAUCCAGCCAUUGUGCCUGAUAGCACUGAAUAUUGAAGUUUUGUAUAGUUUGUAUUUACAGGUCUUAAUGAUAUGUACAGCAGGUGUUAUGCAAACAGCCACUUACCUGCAUUACUGCGAAACCAUUAAUCCCUCCUUAAAGUAAAACAAAUUCCAUCAGUGUCAUUCUCAUUUCAGGACAGUUUCCUUGGAAUUAUAAUUUGUUAUAUUGAAUAUAUAUAUUAAAUAAAUAUUAUUUAAGUUGU